AUGAAGAGCUCCGGGGGUGUCUUCUGCCUUCUCUUCUUYCAUGCUGCUGCCAGCCUGGAGCGUGUCCGAUGGUGCACCGUGUCCGAGCAAGAGCUUUCCAAGUGCAGGGACAUGAGCGCGGCCUUUGCUGGGGCUGCGCUGCUGCCGCCGCUGCGCUGCGUGGAGGGGCAGGCGGCCGCCAACUGCACGCGCAUGAUCCAGGAUGGUUUGGCAGAUGCAGUGACAUUGGACGGUUACUCAAUUUACCAAGCUGGAAAGGAGCAUGGACUGAAACCUGUGGUUGGGGAAGUUUAUGAUCAAGAGUUUGGAACAUCCUACUACGCCGUGGCUGUUGUAAGGAGGAGCUCCAACAUGAGCAUGGACAGCCUGCGUGGUGCCCGCUCGUGCCACACGGGCAUCAACAGGACGGCGGGCUGGGACGUGCCGCUGGGCUAUCUCCUGGACAGCGGGCGCCUGGCAGCGCUGGGGUGCGAGCUGCCCAAAGCUGUUAGUGAGUAUUUCAGUGCAAGUUGUGUUCCUGGAGCAAAGAGCGGGAAUUAUUCCAAAUCCCUCUGUCAGCUCUGCAAGGGAGAUGCGUCUGGGCAAAACGCUUGUGAAGCAAACGCAGAGGAGCAGUACUACGGCUACAGCGGGGCCUUCAGGUGCCUGGCCGAGGGCGCCGGCGACGUGGCCUUCGUGAAGCACAGCACGGUGCCCGGGAGCACUGACGGAAAAGCUGCUGCUUCGUGGGCGCAGAAGCUUCGCUCCAGGGACUUUCAGCUUCUGUGCCGCGACGGCAGCAGGGCUGAUGUGACCGAGUGGAGAACCUGCCACCUGGCCCGGGUGCCAGCGCGCGCCGUGGUGGUGCGGCCCGACACGGACGGCACGAUUCUCUUCCAGCUCCUCAACCAGGGACAACAAAGAUUUAGCGGUGCAGGGGCCGAGUUUCAGAUGUUUGACUCGGCAGCCUACGGUGCCCAGAAUCUUCUGUUCCGAGACGCCACCACCGAGCUCGCCGCGAUCCCGGCCCAGAGCUACCAGGCUUGGCUGGGGGAUGAGUAUCUUCAUGCCAUGCGAGCCCUGAGCUGCGACCCCAGCACAUUGCCAGAGAGCCUGAAAUGGUGUGUGGUAUCCACUGAGGAGAUUUGGAAAUGCAGCGAGAUGGGUAUUGUCUUUCAGGACAAGGAUUUGACUCCAUUAGUCCAGUGCAUUUCGGCCAAGACAAAAGAAGAGUGCAUGGAGAUGAUCCAGAAAAAGGAAAGUGAUGCUGUAGCUCUGAGUGGAGCCGAUAUUUACACAGCUGGGAAGAAGUAUGGCCUUGUACCAGCUGCUGGAGAAAGCUACUCUGGCGGCGACAGCAGCAGCACGUACUACGCCGUGGCCCUGGUGCGACGCGAUGCUGCCAACGCCUUCACCAUCCGCGACCUGCAGGGGAAGCGGUCCUGCCACACCGGGCUGGGGAGAUCUGCCGGCUGGAAUAUCCCCAUCGGCAUGCUCAUUAAAAGGGGAAUUAUUAGGCCCAGAGACUGUAAUAUUCCUCAAGCUGUGAGUGAGUUUUUCUCUGCUAGCUGUGUGCCUUCUGCCAAGCUGGACAAUUACCCAUCAAAACUCUGUCAGCUCUGCAUCGGAGAUGAUAAUGGGAAAAAUAAAUGCAGCGCAAGCAGCCAGGAGCAUUAUUACGGCUACAGCGGAGCCUUCAGGUGCUUGGCAGAGAACAGUGGGGAUGUGGCCUUUGUGAAACACUCGACAGUGUUUGAGCACACGGAUGGUAAGAAUACGGACAGCUGGGCCCGUAACUUAAAGUCCAGUGACUUCCAGCUGUUGUGUCCAAAUGGUGCCCGUGCUGAAGUCACUCAGUUUGCCGAGUGUCACCUGGGUCGGGUGCCAGCACAGGCCAUUAUGGUGCACCCGGAUACCAACGUUUUUGCUGUAUAUGGACUACUGGACAAAGCUCAGGAAUUUUUUGGAAAUAGCAGCAAUGAAAAUGGAUUCCAAAUGUUUGAUUCUUCAACUUUUCAAGGAAAAGACUUGAUCUUUAAGGAUUCUGCUGUCAAGAUUGUGCCAGUAAAGGAGAGAAGGACGUAUGCAGAAUGGCUGGGCAGUGAAUAUAUCGAGUCCCUUGAAGGGUUGCAAACACCAUCGUGCUCUCGGGCAGGUAAUAAACAGCACCUGCUAGUGGCUGCUGUCAUCACCCUUCUUAUAUUGUGUUGGUUACAAGGAUUGAACUAG